UUGAUCAUGAGAAUGAACAUGAUAAGGAAGUAAACACUCAACAAUCCUCUGCAACACCUUAUAUACCCAUGCCGGAGAAACAAGAAAAUAUUAGUGAGUCAACAGGAGCAUAUAUUAUGGAUACACAAGCGGUUGAAUGCUCUGUACCAAUGCAAAAUCCCUGUACUGAACCAGAAGUAAAAACUGUUACGUAUGAGUUACCGGGAGAUAAAAAUAUGGAUACAGAAGCGGUAAAACUAUCAGAAGGCGAAAAACAAAUAGCAUGUAAUGAACCAGAAAUAGAGUGUGCUAAAGAUGCACAAAGUGAAAAUGAAAUAUCGUACAUUGAUCAUAAGAAUGAACAUGAUAAUGAAGUAAAAACUCAAGAAUCCUCUGAACCACAUUAUACCCCCAUACCGGAGAAACAAGAAAAUACGAGUGAGUCAACACGAGCAUGUAUUAUGGAUACACAAGCGGUUGAAUGCUCUGUAACAGACAAUGGAUUACAAAAUCCUUGUACAAAACCAGAAGUAGGAACUGGGAUGUAUAAAUUGCCAGGAAAUAAAAAUAUGGAUACGGAAGCGGUAGAACUAUCAGAAAUAGACUGUCCUAAAGAUGCACAAAGUGUUAAUGAAGUAGGAACUCAAGAAUUAUCUGAAACACCUGAUACUCCCAAACCGGAUAAACAAGAACGUAUUAGUGAGUCCACAGGAGAGUGUGUUACGGAUGCGCAAGCAGUACAAUUCUCUGUAACAGAUUAUGGAACGCAAAAUCUCUGUACUGAAUCAGAAGUAGGAACUGUUAUGGGUACAGAAUGUGAAAAUCCAUCGCCCUUCGCCUAUCAAAUAGAAAAGUGUGCCAUUGAGAAAGAGGUUGAGGAAUCUUUACAAAAGUUAUGCACUUCCGCAACUGGGAAACAACAAUCAGUCUAUGAGUUACCAGGAGAUAAAAAUAUCGAUACUGAAGCGGAAGAAUUAUCAGGAAGCGAAAAGGAAAUAGCAUGUAAUGAAGCAGAAAUAGAGUGUGCUAAGGAUACACAAAGUGAAAAUGAAAUAUGGUACAUUGAUCAUAAGAAUGAACAUGAUAAUGAAAUAGAAACUGACGAAUCCUCUGAAACACGUGACACCCCCAUACCGGAUAAACAAAAACGUCUUAGUGAGUUAACAGGAGACUGUAUUAGGGAUGCGCAAACAGUAGAAUUCUCUGUUACAAUAAAUGGAACACAAAAUCCCUAUACUGAACCAGAAGUAGAAACUGUUAAGGGUACAGAAUGUGAAAAUUCAUCGUCGUUUAAAUAUCAAAAAGAAAAGUGUGAGACUGAGAAAGAGGUUUCAGAAUCAUAUACUUUCGCAACUGACAAACAAAAGGCAGUCUGUGAUUCACCUGGAGAUAAAAUUAUGGAUACAGAAGCAGUAGAAUUAACGGAUAAUGAGAAACUAAAACCAAAAGGAGAGUGUGCUAUAGAUGCACAAAGGGAAAUAGAAAUACCAUACAUUGAGAAAAAGGAUGAAUGUGGUAAUGAAGCAGAAACUCAAGAAUCCUCUGAAACACCUUACACCUUUAUACCUAAGAGAGAAGAAACUACCAGUGAGUCGAAAGAAGAUAAAAUCAUUGAAACAGCAGCAGUAGAAUUCUUUAAAACAGAAAGUGGAAAACAAAAGCCUUGCGAAAAAGAAGUUCGGACACUCUUCAAUGUGCGAACAGAAGAGUGUACCAAUGGGACAGAGGCCCAUGAGUCUUUCGAUCCGCUAUGCAUCUCUACAGUUGAUAUGCAUGAAAACAGCAGUUGGCCAAACGGAGACAAUGUUAUAAAUGCAGGAUGUGAAUUUAGAAUACCAUUCAGAGGGCAGAAAGAGGAAAGCGGCAAUGAUAAUCACAUCAGUGUGUCUAAAGAAGGUGGUGUAAAAGAUACAGUAGAAGAUAACAAAACUGAAGACCAAAAAUUUUCUAAAUCAUCGUACUCUUGCGAAAAUAAAAAAAAUGAGUCCAGGAGUGAUGUAAAAGACGCAGAAGUGGUAGAACUAUAUGCCUCAGAAAGUGAAAAGCAGAAACCACGCAAAAUAUUAGAAGGAAAGGAUAUAACUGCACGACUUUCAGAAAAAGAAGAACAAAAAUCUAACAGUGAAAUAAUAAAAGAAUAUGGCAAUAAUAUGGAAAGCGCACGGCUACCUCCACAGAAGGGGAAUCCCCUUUGUGAAGCAACAGAAGUGUAUGUCAGUUAUACAGAUGUGCUAGGGUCAUCAGAAACGCUACACAGUUACGAAAGCUCUAUAGCAGAGCGUGAAUAUAAGAAAUGGAACAAUGCAGUUGAAAUGCCAAAUAAUCCAUAUACUCCGGACGCUUUAAAACGUAGGAUUAGUGGCAGCCAGGAGCGUUUUAUAGAUUUACCAAAUAUAAGCUCAAGCACGAAUAAAAAUGUAAUAACUGUAAAAGCAGAAGACGAUGAAGAGAACGAAAGCACUAGUAAUAUUGGUUACAAGAGAUAUAGCCGUGAUUACUAUAUAAACGCUGACAAUCCUCCAAAAGCCAGUCCUAAUCAUCAAAAUCACCGAAAUGAUAAACGCAAACGACUUAGUUCCGGAUGCAGUGAUGAGCUCGUAGAAGAUACGUUCACCAAAGAGAGUAUAAGUCAAGGCAACGAAAUAAUUGCAAAAGAAACCCCUGUUGUUAUCCACCCAACGGUAUAUCUCGCUCUUCCCGCACAAGUGGUGGAAGAAAGCACCUCCUUUGAAACGCUGUCAAAUCAGUCUAUGAAUUCGAUAAAUACUACAACCAGUGACGACUCGGACACAAUACGUAUUUAUGAUUUCAAGAAACAGACAACAGUCAUCGUCCAUAACGAUGAUAAGCCGUCGACGACAGAUAUAACCAUAACAACUUCAGAUUCCGUCGAGCCAAAAGAUGCUCUGGCGAAAUCCAAAAAAAUUUAUAAAUGUAAAGAGUUAUAUCCUAGAGAGAUAUUGUUAGAAGCGAAACCCGCUGAAACUUGUGUAUCAACCCUGGCUCCAGGCCCCACACCAAAGGCAUUCAAAUUUCUACAGCCGAAACGAAGAUUAAUAGAUCCCAGCCAGCUGUUGCCAUUAGAGGAGGAAGCGCAUAGGCUCUCUUUUGGCGAAAAGGCGGUCGUUGAGGAAGAGGUGGCACAAGUUAUGCCUUCUGUGAAAGCUUUGGCGCAAGCGUUUCUUCUGAGCUCAAAUAAAUGUUCUCAAGCCGAAAAGCGAUGGAAAAAAGGGAUCCAAAAAAUGCCUUCUACAGCUGUUAAACUCAACAACCCGCUGACAACACAGACGGAAAAUAUGGUAACAGCUCCGGAAAUGACAGAAGACGCUACCAUUGCAUCAGAUUUAUCGUCACUAGAAACCGAUCCUUCAGCAAAUAUGGAUAUUUUAACCAACAAAACGAAAACAUCUUCACCAGAGGGCACCGCUAACUGUGAAGAUAAUAGCAAAAAAAAUACCACAAAUAUGUUACGCCGUGUUAGUAUGCUAAAAAGUAAUAUCGCUUUCUUUGAGAAUUUAAAGUUUAAAUAAACAUUUCUCUAAAACACCUGAAGUUUCACAACUGUUUGGAAACUAUUUUACGAAA